GAUGCACGACGUCCAAAUGUGGGCCAGCGGGUUGCCAGAUAUCGAAGAUACCCGUCAAUAUAUAGCGAGUCUUAGCUCACUACCAAUGCGAAUUAAAUUAACAUAACACUAGAUGUAUCAACUCUUACUUGAAAAGAUUCAAUCGGAAACGAAAGACGUACGGAACCUUCAAGUUGGAGAAAUCUAAUGGCGGAGUUAUCUUCCAUCUGAGUAAGAAAUGGAAGAAAAACCGGCGAGAGUCUUGGUGUGUGGGGACGUUGAAGGCAAGCUUGGAGCGCUCUUCAACAGAGUGCACAGCAUCCAGAAGAAGACGGGACAGUUUGACCUUCUUCUGUGUGUUGGAGAAUUCUUUGCAUCGACACCGGAAGCCGAGGAAGAGUGGCAGCAGUACAAAAGUGGAGCAAAGAAAGCCCCCAUCCACACGUACAUCCUGGGCGCAGGAAGUCAGGAAACGGCCAAGAAAUUCCCCAGUGCGGAUGGCUGCGAACUGGCUGACAACAUCACAUACUUGGGUCGCCGCGGCGUGUUCACGGGGGCGUCGGGCCUCCAGAUCGCGUACGUCAGCGGGCGCGAGGCCCCGCGGGAGCCGGCGCCCGCCCACUGCUUCGGCCCCAAAGAUCUGACAGCCUUGCUGGACCCGCUGACCGGCAGCAGCAAGUUCCGAGGCGUCGACGUCCUGCUGACGUCGCAGUGGCCGAGGGGGGUGUGGCGCUACGCAAACAACCCGGAAGUCAACACAAAGUGUUGUGGAAGCGGCGCCGUGGCCAAGCUGGCAGACAAACUGAAGCCCAGAUACCACUUUGCCGCGCUGGAGGGCGCUCACUACGAAAGGUUACCUUACAGGAAUCACGUGGUUCUCCAGGAAAACGCUCAGCAUGUCACUCGCUUCAUUGCCUUGGCAACCGUCAACAAUCCUGCCAAGAAGAAGUACCUGUACGCCUUCAACAUCAUUCCCAUGAAGACGAUGGAGCCGUCGGAGCUGGUCAAACAGCCGCAGGACGUGACGGAGAACCCCUACAGGCGGCUCGCCAAAGACGAGGAGACUCUGAAGAGCGGCUCGGGCGCCGGCGUGGAGGAGGAGGAGCCGAGCCCUCAGUUCUUCUUCGACCUCGGCGGGGGGGACGGACACGGCGGCGGGCGCGGCCGGAAGAGACCGCCGGACGGAGACCGGUCGGCACGCAAGCGACCUCGCGAGCGCCCGCUUCCCCCCGGGGAGUGCUGGUUCUGCCUGGCGAGCCCUCAGGUGGAGAAGCAUCUGGUGGUCAGCAUCGGGACACACUGCUACCUGGCGCUGGCCAAAGGCGGCCUCAACGCGGGACACGUCCUCAUCCUGCCCAUCGGACACUACCGGUCCACGGUGGAGCUGGCCUCCGAGGUUCUGCGGGAGAUGGACGAGUACAAGGCGGCCCUGAGGAGCUUCUACAAGAGCCGCGGGGAGCGCUGCGUGCUCUUUGAGAGGAACUACAGGAGCCAGCACCUGCAGCUUCAGGUGGUUCCGGUGCCGCCGGACCGCUGCCCCGGCGCCGGCCUGAAGGAGGCCUUCGUGGCGCAGGCUCAGGAGCAGCAGAUGGAGCUGGUGGAGAUUCCGCAACACAGCGAUCUCAAGCAGAUCGCGCCGCCCGGCGUGCCCUACUUCUACGUGGAGCUGGACUCGGGCGACAAACUCUUCUACCGCAUCCAGAGGAAUUUCCCGCUGCAGUUCGGGAGGGAGGUUCUGGCCAGCGAGGCGGUUCUGAACAUUCCGACCCGAGCCGACUGGAAGGAGUGCAGACAAAGCCGAGCGGAGGAGGAGGCGGCGUCCGCGCGGCUGAGAGACGCCUUCCGGCCGUACGACUUCGCCUGGGACGAAUAACUACAUUUGUUUUUUUACGUUCGAUUGUUGUUUUUCGAGUGUAAAUCAACUCCGAUUUUCACGACACGUUUUGUUUUGCCAGCCAAUCACGGGGCCGCUCGUCCUCCGGGCUGCUGAACGUCAUCACGAUUGAACUUUUUUUUUUUUUUUAAUUCAUUUAUUUGGCAUAAAAAGUUCAACACAAAGUAAACAACAUAAAACAUUAGUUGCAAUAAAAUUCAAACAAGCUAAAUGUUAGCGUGUUUCGUACAUAAACACUCCGCCAGAAGACGUGCCGAGCAAAUUGAAAAUUUUUUUGUGCCCGGCGCAACACAGAAGUGAAGUGGGACUCGAACGCUCGCCGACUUGGGCGCCACGCGCUCACUCGUCCAACGUGGCCGUCCCGCGUGCCCCCGCCCCGAGCGGUGAGUUAAAAAAAAAAAAAAAAAAAAAAAAACCCAAGUAGUAAAAAAAGCAUUGGUUACUAAACUGAAGGCGGGAGCGGGCGCCCGACGGGGUUAAACAAAGUCUCUGGAUCGCUUGAUGGCACAGCAGAGCAUCAUGCUGAAGAUCAUGCCAAAGAUCUGAAACAAACAAAUCCCAAUUCCAAGUGAGCCACAAUGUGCGUGCGUGCCGAUGUUUGCGCGGUCCGCCCGCUCACCAUGAUGACGCCGAUGCCGAUGCCCACGCCGCCGAUGAUGUGCAGCUUGUUGUUGAACAUCUCCUCGAUGGCGGCCGGGCAGCUCUGACACGCGCACGAGUGAAAAAAAACAACAUGCCCGUUAUCCAAACAAGCGGAAGCGCGCUCACGGCGUUUAUGGGAUGUCAGCUGGUGGUUACCGUGGUGAUGAGCACCUCCAGCCCCUCCUUCUUGGGGCAGAUGUCCUUGGUGGCGUCGAUCACCGUGCCCGUUGGCCCGCAGCAGUUCAGCUGAGGGCGGGAAAUAGCCGCCGGUGAAACAGGAAGUGGUACAAGAGAAAAGCACUCAAUUGCGGUGCCAAACACUCACUCGUGAAGUUUACUUUCUAACGAAACUAAAAAAACUACAUUGUGGAUUCAAAACAACUUUUCCUUGGGAGUCAGUUUAGCUUCAUGCCAACAAACGCCGCAAAAUUCCAUAGAUGGGCUCCCGAAUAGCAUUGGCGUUCUCUACCAAUUUUAUUGAGGAGGGCCCGCCCCCGAAGACUAACGUCGCGGCGGACUCGUUCUUACGCCGAAGUGGAUGAGGCGGAGGGUCUCCUUGAGCGCCUCCUGCCUGGUGUCCUUGUAGUUGGUGUACGUCUGCUUGUAGAACUCGGUCACGUCGUCCACCACGCGAUCCUUGUUGGACAGACCCCAGAUGCCCGCCGCCACCUCCACGGCGAAGAUCACGAGCAGGAACAGGAAGAACUGCACCGAAAAAUGACGUCUGGUCAAACUUUUGUGCUUCAUUUUUAUUAUUAUUAUUAUUAUUUUUUUUUAAAUCAGGUUAUUCGGAGGGGGAAGAAGUUUGGAAGUAAAAUUGCAUCACAUUUUUGCUCCAAUGAAAAAAAAAUUCAUUAAAAUGUGACAUUGUAUUUUUAUUUGACUCAUAUUCUGUAUUUGGUUGAUAAAAAAAAUUAAAAUGAUGGA